AUGCGCGCGCGGCUGGCGAGGAUGAUUGAGAAGAAGCCGAGGAUUGCCAUAGUGGGCGCGGGCAUAGCCGGACUCUCGGCGGCGCAGCAGCUAUGCGGCGCGGGCCGGGACAAGUUCGAGGUGGUGGUGGUGGAGGCUGGUUGCCGCACUGGCGGCCGGGUAUUCACGUCCGAGUUCGCCGGCCAUCGUCUCGAGAUGGGCGCUACGUGGGUGCAGGGCAUCGUCGGGAGCCCCGUGUACGCGCUGGCCCGUGAAGCAGGCGCGCUCCGGCAGGAGGCCGCGGACCUCCCUUACGAGCGCAUGGACGGGUUCCCUGACAGCGUCCUGACUGUCGCCGAGGGCGGCGACCUCGUCGACGCGGACACGGUGGCCAAGCCGAUCGAGGAGCUGUACAGGGGCAUGAUGGAGGCCGCGCGUGCCGGUGAGGCUGUCGGCGGAGGGGGUGUGGAGGAGUACCUGCGCCGGGGGCUGCGAGCGUACCAGGCGGCACGCCCGGGCGGGAGCAAGGAGCAGGAGGAGAUCGAGGAGGCGCUGAUCGGCAUGCACAUCAACCGGGAGCGCACGGACACCUCCGCCAACGACCUCGGCGACCUUGACCUCGUGGCCGAGGGCGAGUACAGCGACUUCCCCGGCGACCACGUCACGAUCCCCGGUGGGUACACCCGCGUCGUGGAGCACCUCGUCGCCGCGCUCCCGCCCGGCACCGUCCGCCUCGGCCUCCGCCUCCGUCGUCUCGACUGGGGCGAAACCGCCGUGCGCCUCCACUUCGCCGAUGAGGCGACGACGACGCUCACCGCCGAUCACGUCAUCCUCACGGUCUCGCUCGGCGUCCUAAAAGCGAGCAUCGGCAAAGACGUGUCCGCUACGGCUGACCCGCCGCUCCCACAGUUCAAGCGUGACGCCGUCGCGCGGCUGGGAUUCGGUAUCGUGGACAAGCUGUUCAUCGACCUGGAGGCCGUGGAGACGCCGGAGCCGGACGGCGGCGACGAGCAGCUAGCCAGGGCGGCCUCGCCGGCUUUCCCGUUCCUGCACAUGGCCUUCGUCGGAGACGUGGCGAAGAUCCCGUGGUGGAUGCGCGGCACCGAGUCAGUCUGCCCCGUCCACGCGGCCUCCACCGUGGCGCUCGCAUGGUUCGCCGGGCGGGAGGCCGCGCACCUCGAGUCGCUCCCCGACGACGAGGUCAUCCGCGCGGUCCACUCCACGUUGGAAUCGUUCCUCCCGGCCCCACCUCGCCGCUGCGGCGGGGCCGGCGCGGGGCCGACCCCACGGUGGAGGGUGAAGAGAAUCAAGAGGAGCGGGUGGGCGACGGACCCGCUGUUCCUCGGGUCCUACAGCUACGUCGCCGUCGGGUCAAGCGGCGAGGAUCUCGAUUGGAUGGCAGAGCCGCUCCCACGCGGACAGGAGGCCGGUCGGACGCCGCUACGCGUGCUGUUCGCGGGCGAGGCGACGCACCGGACGCACUACUCGACGACGCACGCGGCCUACCUGAGCGGCGUACGGGAGGCCGACCAGCUGCUGCAGCACUACCGCUGA